AAAAACCCCACGAGUAGGCGCUUCGACAGUUGCUGAUUGAAAUACGCACACACACACACGCACACACGUAGGUACACACUUGCAGACUAGCAUUUAUGAUUAGCAUCUGCUGCUGCUGCUGCAGCUUUUGAGCCUACAAACAGCGACACAGCCAAUUCAUACAGUCUGCUUGUGUCCAAUGUACGCCGGGGAAGUCAUCUCGCAAAUUAUUCACUCGUAGGAGAUCCCAGCGUUUGGACGUGUUGUUACACUUUCGGAAAUAAAUAGAAACGGCAUUUGGUUUUCAAAUAAUUAAAUGAAAGUGAUUUCAACAGCAACAGCAAUCAGUGAAAGUCAAAAGUGUGCCACAAGAGUUGUGGAAUAAAAAACAAAAAAUUCAACAAAUUAGUAAACUAAUUAAAAAGUGACAAUAAAAAUUAAUAAUAAAAACACAUACAUACGUACAUACUUAUAUAUAUAUAAGAAGAAAUAAAUAUAUGCAUGCAUCUAAAGUUCAAAGUUUGCUGCACACAAAUAUAAAUAAAUAGUAAAAAAAACUAAACACUAAUUACACACAUUAGGAGUAACCGAAUAGCAAAUGAUAUAUAAAUAAAAAACAUUAAAGAAAAACAAAACAAUUCUAAAAAAAAAUUCAAGAGGCUAAAAGGUGGACACGCGCAAACUAAUUAAUCAUAAAUACGUAAAAAAAAUUACACAAUUUCAAAAAACGAGUAGCCAACAGUGCAAAGCAAGAUUUUUUCAAGUGUCAUUUUCUGCUGAUAAUUAAAAUUAAACUCGUGAAGUCGACAAAUAAAAUGUAAUAAGAAAUAUGAGUUGAACAUUUUAAAAACGCAUAACGGAUUUCUAAAGUUUAUAUGUUUAAAAUGAUUUCGUGGCAUAUAUAUGUACAUAUGUAAAUCGACUAAAAACUAUUAAAACAAUUUUUGUUUAUAAAGGCGCAAUUUCAUGACACAUAAAAAUUUUCAAAGCCCACAAAGUGAAAAAUCUCAGUGCUUAUAAAUAUAUCUAAAUGAAUUUGCUUUAAAAAGUGCUAAACAUAUAAAAACAACAAAAGCAACAGCUUAAAACAAAACUAUAGUGUAAACCACCUCUAUGUUUUUAAAGCAACAACGGACUAAAGUGGGAUUUUUAAUGUUACCAAAAAGAUAGUAAAUUAGUGAACAUACAAUAACAAAGCAUAAAUAGCUAUCAAACCAAGUGAAUACUAACGGUAAAUAAGUGAUUUAGACUACGAAAAUUUCAAACACCAAAGCAAACGCCGCCAACGCACACCGUCCAACCUAAAAAGCACAGCCAUGGCCAAAUGUUUUAUCCUAUUCAUACUGAUCGCCUUCGUCGUGCUCGAUCACAGCAUUAUCUAUGGACGUUAUCAUAGUGACACACACGGUCCAAGCGACACUGACAGCCGGCAAGCGAUUGCGCAACACAUGCGUCCAGCACAACACCACAACCACCGCCAAAUACUGCCGGCACACACAUUGCCACACAUAGACAAGCGUACGCCGCAUGUGAAGAACAAUCGGCCGCGUGUUGCUAAGGCGCGACGCAUACGACAGUCGUCGUGGCAAGAGAAUGUGCCGCUAGAUAGUAUAAGUAGCGCAGAGCGACGUGCGGAACGCGAAGAAGCCGAAGCGGCGCUGCAACGCUACGUGCACAUACAGCGUCACAUGGCGCAUCAGCAGGAGCAUCUGCGUCAUCACCAAGAAGAAUACGGCCAUAACGUAAAGCAAACGCUGAGACGCUCGCAAGAGUGGCAGUCCGAAGAGCAGCAACAGCAGCGCGGCGAAGUGCCGCUGUAUCCAUUCAAUAUGCGCAUGCCACGUAUUUGGCAGCACUUAGGCGGCACCGCGGAUGUAAUGCUCGGUGAUGCGCCGAAUUCUGACAGUGUGGAGUCGCAACGUUUCGAUGUGUCGCUGCCGCUGGCCGAGAACACAGGCGAUUCUGAUGAGCUUGAUGAUUUGUUGGCGCCUACGGUGGAAGCAGAGCAGAGCAAUUCGCUGGAAUCGUCGGAGUCAGUAGAGAGAGAGCAAAGCUCAGAGGCUGUAAAGCAAAAAGAACGCAGCGGCAAGACGGAUUGCCCGAAAUGUGAGAGCAGUCGGCGCGUCCAACACAUUAGCGAGGAGGAGCUGACACUGCUGCGCAUCGAGUAUGUGAAACAACAGAUCUUGGAGAAGCUGCGACUGAAAGAGCGUCCCAAUGUGUCGGCGGUCAGUUUGCCAAAACCCAUUUAUGAGGGUACAACCAUCGAUGAAGAGGAAGAUGACGGCGCUAAAAAUAAGGAAGUCGAUGAUUACUAUGCGCGUACGAGCAAAAAGUUCAUCUUCCUACAGAGAGAAAAACGCGAAUGUCAGCGGUUGGGCACGAAUUCAUCCAUGUGCUUCUCGUUCAAAAUCGACGAUGCUGAUGCCGAUGGCUUUGAUGUCAAUACCGCUGUGCUCUGGCUAUUCAAAAGUAAAAGCAAACGCGCACAUAGGCGUAAGAGGCCGCGUACAAGUCCGCAAACCAUUGUCGUGUCGGAAGUGCAGCAAAACACACACCCGACGUAUUUACCAGUCGUGAAAACCAUCGCCAUACAGGCGAUCGAUGUGCAAGACGAAUGGAUGAAGAUCGAUAUUGAAUGGCCUAUUAAACGUUGGUUCGGCAAUCACGAUCUCAGCCAUCUCAUACACAUCUCAUGCCGCACAUGCGACAUGGCCUCAAUGGAGGAAAUGAUAUCCGUUGACAAGGAUUAUCGGCCCUUCAUAAUGGUCGAUACACGUAAUCGGCGUCGCGCUUCACGCCAGAAACGUGGCAUCAAUUGCACCGACGGUGUGACGGAGUGCUGCCGUGAGAAGCUCUACAUCUCAUUCGAUGAGAUUGGUUGGGGUGAUUGGAUCAUUCAACCGCGCGGCUAUGAUGCCUACUUCUGUCGCGGCUCCUGCGGCAGCGUAGCCAGUGUAGCACAGUCGGCGACGCAUCACAGUGCCUUCUUGCAGAAAAUUGCAUUGUCGCGUCGCAACAACCGUGACAGCCAACCGCUUGAGCUGGUACCAUGCUGCACCGCCAAACAGUAUUCCCCGCUGAAGCUCGUCUUUAUGGAUAGCAAUAAUACUGCGACACAGAAAACAUUUCCAAACAUGGUUAUUGAGUCGUGCGGCUGUCGGUAGUCGUCACUGGCUUGCGACACCAGCUGAAUACAUUACUGUAUUAUCGCGUUAGUUUCUAAGCUUUUUUUGUCUCAAAUGUCUCGCAUUAAUUUGAAAAUCCAUAAACAUUGCAUUCAUGACCGUUUUGUAAUUAUAAGUUUCAUUCAGUUAGCUUUAAGUAAUCAUUUGUUUUUCCAUCCAACCAAUAGCAUUAUCGUUGUUAAACCGUUUAGUUUUUUUGUUGCAAAUGCUCAUCGAACUUAAAUCGCUGCCAUAAAUUAAAUUAAUUUAUAUGUAGGCUUAAGUGAUUUUAUCUUUUUCUGCUGUUUUUUAUAAGAACUGCUCAGUACUUAAGCUCUCGAAGAGAUAUUAGUUACUAUAUCUGUUAAGAUGUUGUAUUAAUUAGAAUUUUACCAAAAAUAAUUUAAGUAGUUACGCUCUGGAAUUGUACACAUUUAGUUCAAUUUCUAAUUAAUUACUUUUUUUAAGGCUUAGUUAUAUUGGGCAGCUCGAGCGCCAUUAGUAUAUUUAAAAUAUAUAGAAUUAAAAGUAACAUUAACUAAAAUGAAAAAAUAAAACCAAAAAAUGUACUUUGUAAACACUGUAA